AUGAGUGAUGUGCUGAUGUCUGCGUUUCCCAAGAAGACUUUCGCCUUCCUCGUCAUCCUCACCGGCCUGGCAUACUACUUCGUCGACGUGCGAGACCUAGACUGGACCGACGAUGUCAUGAACAGCUUCGAGCAAGACCAACCAGGCGUCACUCCCCUUCAAUUCUUCGCCAACAAAGACGAGCUCGACCACUUCCUCCAACACCACAUCCCCGACCCCAGCCAGCCAUUGAAGAACCCGCAAGUCGCCCAAUUCUUUAGCGAGCACUUCGACAAACUCGCCGGCGGCUGGAAAAUGACCGAGAAGGACGCGCUCGAAGAAAAUAUCCCCGUCACGCACGGCUGUAGAUUCAAAAGCAACGAGCCCUGCGAAGACUACUUCGCCUUCGGCACGUCUCCCGGCCCUGGAAGCCAGCCCUGGAACUACUGGAGCAUAAUGGACGGUCACGCCGGGAGGCACACAGCAUUCUACUUGCAAUGGACACUCAUUCCGUCCCUCUCCAGCGCCCUGCUCACGCUCCCCGCGCACUCAUCCCCCUUCGAAAUCGAAUCCACUAUCAAAAACACAUUCCUAAGGGUGGAUAAACAGAUCAUGGACUCGGCCCGCACAGCAGCAAACUGGUUCCCUGCUGCCAACGCCGCAGCCAUCGCCGCCCUCACCCCAGCAUUCUCAGGCUCCUGCGCGCUGCUCGCUGCGUUCGACCCCUCCUCCUCCGUUCUGCGCGUAGCGUGCACAGGUGACUCGCGCGCCGUGCUGGGGCGCUGGGAUCCGUCCUCGCAGUCCUACUCCACUAUCGUCUUGUCUGAAGACCAAACCGGAUUCAAUCCCAAAGAGGUAGCGCGGCUGACAGAAGCGCAUCCAGACGAAUCGGACAUCAUCGACCCCAAGUCCGGACGGCUGAUGGGCAUAGCAGUGACGCGGGCGUUUGGGGAUCACAGGUGGAAGUGGGACUACGAGUUUAUUAAGUCCGUACAGGUUAAGUUCUGGGGCUCGGCACCACGCCCACAGUCCAAAACACCACCGUACAUGACCGCGGAGCCGGAGAUUACGGAGACGGAGAUCGUGAGGAGUGAGAAAGGGAAUGCGAGGCAAAAGAGCGAUUUCAUGAUCAUGGCAUCCGACGGACUCUGGGACCGUAUCUCCUCCGUUCACGCCGUCGAGUGCGUCGAAAAGUGGCUUGAGGCGCGAGACCGCGGCUCCGGCUCCGUCCUUAACGACCCCCAACUCGCCGCCAACCCGCCGCAGUUCGGUAAUCCGAUGGUCGAAGAUCCAGGGUUCACCUACAACGCGGAAACAGGCGAGCAAGUCGAGUGGAAAGCUACACCCGAAUACUUUGCGAUCGAGGAUGAUAAUGCAGCAGUUUGUCUGGCGCGGAACGCCAUGGGCGGCACACGUCGGGGACUGUUCAUGGGCGUGCUGAGCGUACCGCCUCCCAUGGGACGUUACGCCGUAGACGACACCACGAUCAUGGUCGUCUUCUUCGACAAAUUGGACAAGGACGCGGCGGUGGCGCAGGCUGCAUCAAGAGGAACAACAGGAGAAAAGAAGAGCUGGUGGAAGCCGUGGUGA